AUGGAGCCAAACGCGAGAGAAUCAGAGACACCAGAGUCGCCUGUAACUCGUGUGAAUGAUUCAACCGAAAUCACCACCCAACAUGCAAACCAACAGGAAGACACCCCGCAGUCCCAAAUCCCUCCCGCUGAGCCUCAUCCCGAAGUAAAUGAACCUCUCGUAUCCGAUCCGGUCAAAGACAAAUCCAACAAAACAAAGCCGUCUAUAUGGAAGCUAAUAUCAAAGUUCUUUAUCUGGGAGGUUUUAGCCAUGCUUUUGUCCUCAGGGCUUUUGGUCGCCAUCGUGGUAGUCUUGGCACGCUAUAAUAACCGUCCUCAGCCUACCUGGCGGCUUGUGUCAUUGAACUCGGUGAUAUCUUGGUUAAGCACUAUCUCGAAGGGUUGUGUGUUAUUCUCUGUCAGCGAGGGAAUCGGUCAACUCAAAUGGGUGUGGUUCGCGCGAAAGAGCCGACCUUUGAUGGAUUUGGGUACCUUUGAUGGAGCUAAAAGGCAUUUCGCUGCCUUGGGCAGUGUGGCGGUUAUCCUUGCAAUUGCCUUUGACCCUUUUGUUCAAAACUUGAUACAUUAUUACCCUUCACUUAUUGCCGACCCCUUGGGAACUGCAAUAGUGUCGAGUAACUCGUUGUUGGACGCUUUGGGCCCCCCAUUGGAUAGAGGAACAUACUAUCUUGACCCGGCGAUCAAAGCCAACAUCUACAAUUCACUAUUCGACAGUGAGUCAUCGACAUGGUCCACUCCCAGGUACACAUGUAGCUCGGGCAAUUGUACCUGGGAUCCAAUCGCGACUAUAGAAAUGAGAGCGAGUUGCACAAACCUAACCAAUCAACUGCAAACCAAGACCUCCAAGAACUACAAUACAUCCAUCACAACCACCGCUGUCUAUCUUAAAGGACCCACCGGUAAUGUUUCCGCAAAUUAUCAGGUCGACACAAAAGACACAGCCCAUUCAAUGUGGGGCAAUCCAGUCAUCAUAGCGUCGAAUAAGCCCGCUUUUGUCUACAAGGACAGCAUGAUAGACCCCAUCCAAAUUAUCGCCCCAGACAGGCUACCGGCAGCAGAAACAUGGGGUGACGAAACUUUACCGCAGCCUAAAUGGCAAGCCUUCGAAUGCAACAUCGCGCCCGUUGUGCGCAGUUUUCGCGCAGGAGUUACCCGGGGCGAGUAUCACGAAGAGACACUAGCCAUCUGGACCAACGGAUCUUACGAAAGCUUCGUUGGUGGUAGCAAUUACAACUUCAAGCCGCCCUGGGGACUAGAUCUGGGCGUUGAGCCGAACAAACAAUUCACAUUAACCAAGCGGUCGAUCAUGUCGAUACGAUCCUUCUUCACUGGGUUCUUUCCAGGCGGAGCAGAGCUCACUCCGUUCGGGUUCAAAUUCAUCGAGACAGGCAUUUCUUUAUACGCAAGUCACGACUUGAUGCAGCUUAUUGCACUUUCGAACAUCACCAACUGCACGACUCGGACGACCGAGAAGCUGCAUUGCGCUAUGGAUAAUGUUGCUUUGGCGAUGACGAAGGCUAUUCGAGAUUCGAACUCUUCAUCAUCUCCUAAUUUUACCACCACCACCGGCCAGGCAAUGAUAGCCACGACCCAUGUCACCAUUCAUUGGCAGUGGAUUACACUUCCAGUACUGGUUUGGUUAUUGGGGCUUAUCACCUUAUUAGGUACAAUGUGGAAGACUCGCAGAGCUGGGAUUCCUACAUGGAAGAACGAGACAAUGCCAAUACUGUCUGUGUAUAGAGAUGGUUCGAAUGAGAAGCCGCAGGGUGAUCAAGUGCUGGAAACUGACCGAGUGAGGUUUUACGAAAGCGAGGGUAAAAUGGUGCUGUCGGGAUAA